AGCCAUGAUCUUGGGUGAAAUUGCGCGCCAAAACCGUAACUUGAUGAAGUGGAUUAGGCCUGCGCUGAACUCUCUAGAUUGGUCGCCCACUACAAAUCGAGUUACAUUCCAUUCCACAAUGUCGAUAGUUCAAAAACGAGGAGCCCUGAUCGUGCUGGAGGGAUGUGACCGGGCCGGUAAAACCACACAAUGCAAGCGGAUAGUGGAACACCUAACCCAAUCCGGACGCAAGGCCAAAUUUAUGAACUUCCCGGACCGGUCAACGGACUGCGGCAAGCUUAUCAACUCUUACCUGACCAACAAAGAUAACUUCACCGAUGAAGGGAUCCACCUGCUUUUCACACUUAACCGGUGGGAAGCCCGAAAGCAGAUGGAACAGUUACUGCAAGAUGGAACCACUCUGAUCGUGGAUCGGUACUCGUUUUCGGGAGUUGCGUUCAGUUCAGCCAAAGGACUCGACAUGGAGUGGUGCAAGGCGCCGGAAGCGGGCCUGCUCAAGCCGGACCUAGUGAUCCUGCUGACGUUGACGGCGGAAGCGCUUGCGAAGCGCGGAGGCUUCGGCGAGGAACGGUACGAAGUGCCCGAGUUCCAGCGGCGCGUGAUGGGUAAAUUCGCAGAGCUGAGGGACGACACGUAUUGGAGACAGAUUGAUGCGGACAAGGGCCAGGAUGAGCUUACGGUGGAGUUGAGCGAGCUGGUGCUGGGCACGAUCGACGCGUGUGGGCACCGGGCGCUGGGAAAGUUGUGGUGAGAGAGGGGAGGGAAAUUAGGGAA